GACGGGACGGGCGUUCAAAUGGCGGGCGGGCGGCCGGCGGGCUCCGCUAUAGAGAUGGAGGGAGCGAUGCGGACGCUGCCCAGCAGCGGGCGGCCAUCCGGCACCGGGUGGCAGUCCCGGGGGCCGCUGUUCGGGCGGAACUACGGGCUGAGCCCCGGCAGCCGCCUGCUGCCGCCGCGCUGCCAGGAGAACGCGGAUCCGCAGAAGAUGGCGUUCCUCCUGCGUAAGCAGUGGACCCUGUACAGCGUGAGCCCUCUGUACAAGUUCUCCAGCGCCGACCUGAAGGACUAUGCCCGCAUGUUGGGUGUUUUCAUCGCCGCCGAGAAGCAGAAGGGGCUGGCAGUGGAUGUGGACGGCGAGCUGGGCAUCAAGGUGGCCAUGUCCGGCCUGCCCGAGCUGAGGGGCAGCGAGCAGGACCCCGCCGCCGUGCUCGUGCAGCUUUCCUUGAGAUCAUCAGUUUCCCCAAAAAACUCAGAAGAGAAGCUGAUAUGGUCAGGAUGGUUCUGCUGUGUGGCUGGAGAUGAUCUUUUAGAGAAUUUGCCAGAGAACUUCACUUGUUUACCUUUAUUCCUUGUUAACGGGGCGGAGAGUUACACAGCCAUUGUUGGAAGUUGGUUUCAGAAGACUUUUGACUGCUGUUUCCGUCGUUUAGCCAUCAGCCCUCUCAAUCUCACUUGGAUGGCAGCUAUGUGGACUGGAUGCAAAGUGGACAAAAACACAGCUGCCACGGAACUCCUUUUCUCUGUUCCUCAUCUGCCUCAGCCUCUGGAUAUUUCAUAUGCCAUUCACCCUGAGGAUGCAAAAGCUCUGUGGGACACAGUCCAAAAAACUCCAGGAGAGAUCACUCAGGAAGAGGUGGAUGUCUUUAUGGAAUGCCUUUAUUCCCACUUCCACAGACACUUUAAGAUCCACUUGUCAGCUACAAAACUGGUGAAAGUUUCUACGGGAAUUGCCUCAGCACACUGUGAUGGGAUCAUAAAAUUUCUACAAAGCCAAUACCUGAUUGGAGUGCUGAUGCUACUGACAGAACUAGCAAUCUCUCAGAUACAGUGAGACUCAACUCAGCACAUCUUCAUGCCUAGAGAGGCUUACCGAUGGAAGCUGAUAAGCCUACUGAAAAUUCACUCUUGCAGCACUUUUUCUUCUGAUCUAUAACUCCUGUGUAACUACUGGAUUUAAAUCCAUAACCAUAAUUCAAUAUGCAGAAAAGACAUUUAACCCUACAGUAGCUUGUUAAGCAUCUGUCUGUUACAGUCACUCUAUCCAUUUGUAUAUAUUUAUCUGCUGGGGGCUGGGAGACAAAACUGCAAGUUCUUGGAUGCAACUUAUUGACAGGUUUUACUAUUAUUGCUGGUGUUAGCAAUUUUGGUCUUCACUUAACUGAUAGCACCAGCUAUACAGUUAUACUGUGUUAUUCUUGGGCUGCAGACUAAAUGUCACCCACUCUGCUGUCAAGCAUGCCUGAGAAACUAUGUUUUAAGCUUCUAUCUUCAUUUUUAGCUAAUUAAGGCUGGCUAGUAAUGGUCAUAAAAUGCUCAUCUACUCCCCAGCUAAGCAAGGUGAAAAGCAUGACAGUUCCCUUGUUUCCAGCUCUGGUCCUCACAAAGUUAAUGCAUGAGAAAUUGAAAUCAGCGUGAACUAGAGAUUUCAUGUGCUUUGCCUUGUAGUUUAUUGCCUUGGAUGUAAUACUGUAGGUCAGAGUUCUCAGUUGGAGCUCUUGGUGCUAGAACUUUAUGUUUAAUCUUAUUCUAUAGCAGGUAACAGUUCAGAGGCUGCCUAUAAACUAUGUGAGCCAAAAGGAAGUAGCAGUACUAUGACUUGUAUUACAGUACCCCAUAAACAUUUUAGCUUUUUCCCCUAAUGGACUAGAGAAGAACAGCAUGUCUGACUCAAUGUAUACUUGUAUUUUAUUUAAAUUUUUUUUACCUGACUAAACUCUUAAGCUUUGCUGCUUGCAGUAUUA